AUGGCCUCAUCCGACAUUCCUAUGCAGAUAGCAGAGACUAUCCAAACCGCCCACAUCAACCGGGCCCCCUCGGCAGCCCACGACCUCAACCCCUCCACCGCCGCAGACACGAAGGAGCCCGUCCAGCUAGAGGAGAAGAAGAAGGCCAGCAGCGCCCGCGACCUCGAUGAGGACGAUGUCGACGACGACGACGAAAUUCCAGUCAGCGUUCUCAGGCCGCAGAACCGCUUCUCCCACCUCCCGCCCAUCCCGGACCUGCGGUUCGAGCAGAGCUACCUGCAUAGCAUACAAGAUGCCAAGUCGUGGUGGAUGGUGGCCUGGAUCACGACCAAGGACCAUCUUAUGAUGCCGAUGAUACAAGGAGUCGUCUACAAUCUGGCCCUGUGCGGCUGGCAGCACUGGAACAGAAACGCACAGCUGAGCGGGAACUCGCUGGGCGCCAAAGCCCGGAGAUGGUGGUACAGCGUCAACAAUUGGCCCAUCAACCAAAAGACUGUUAGCACCAAGAGAUCUGUGGGCGGAAACGACUGGUUCAGGCGCUGA